AUGGUUGAGCCAUUCAAUGAUAUCGAGGCAUGGGCCUCUAUGGAGAGCCUUUAUGACAAAGCAAUUCAUUCACCAUCGGAGAUAACUCAGGAAGAGAAACAUGCUAUACUGGAAUGGCCAUCUUUGGAGCAAAUGGAGGAGACAAGUCAAAAAUACGUUGGCAAGUCUUUGCAAGAUCUCAUUCAUACAGCGGCCAAUGAUCCACGCGCUCUCACCUAUGCGGAAUGCCGCUUGAUUGAUGAGGAUUUCAAGAUACUUAGAACUCUUGAUGGUGUUAAAUACAGGAAUGACCGAAGGAAACUCAUGAUCUGGCAUCAGGACCUGUGGAACAAGUGGCAGCAGGCAAGGGCUGCUGUAUUAUCACCAGAUGAACUCAAGGCCAUUGAAAACAUCAGACAACCUGAAGUCUAUCUUGCGAAGCUGAAAGCUUACUCAAACCCCAAUGCAGAGAGAUACUGGACUCAUCCCCCAGAUUGGGUGCAGAGAAUUCUUGACCGUAAGGGCAAAGGCUGGGGGUAUGUGGUCUACCAUCCUUCAAUCAUUCACGAGGAAGAAGGUACCAAGGUGGCAUGGAGAGCUUUUCACCCGGUCAUGGUUAUCGGCGGCGAAGAAAUUCAAGAUUCCAAGAUCCUUGAUUUUGUUGAUUAUGAAGCGGAACUGGGCCGGGUGGAUCAGCUUCGAAGGUAUGGAUAUUCUUGGGCUUGGGCUAUUGAUCCUGACUGGUCGUUACCAGGUCCCAACGCUGAUGGCUACGACGGGCGUGUUAAGGUUACCUGGGCUCAACUGUUUAACAAAUUCUACGACCUAAUGUCGACCAACAAGGUCACCCUGAAGGAAAUCUGGGAAGAGUUCCACGAGGUCAAUGAGAAACUCCAUGAUGGGCCAUUGCCUGGCUGGCUCUCCUCAAAGUUACCCAAAGAGGUUUGGCCAGAUAGUUGA